AUCAGAUUUUCAAAUUAAAUGUCUACUAUUUUUUUUUUAAAUUUAAUUGAACCUCUGACAAUAAAAGUAUCAACUGCUGUCUCUGUUCAGCUUUGUUUGGCCAGCCUGUUUGCCUCCUCUUUUCAGCAGCAAGCCACAGAUCAAGUCUGGCAGAAGCAACAUUCCCACCGUAAUUUCUCUGGAAAUUGUGAAGUCUAAUUUAUUUAGCAAUCUUGCAGCUUUAGAAUAAAUGGAUUAAAAUACAAAGCGCAUUCUUCACUGGCAGCUCUAAACAGCCCAAGAAAGUCCACCCCAAAAUGAGUGCAAGCCAUAUUUGGCUCAGUUAGACUAUAGUUGGCCAAGCUGUGUUCUCCAGAACAAGACAAGUCUGCUGACUGUGGUCCAUUGAUUGAAACACUGUUACUGCUUGUACAUUCACUUGCUCUCUCUGGCAUGUCAUACGUUAGAAUCUGCUUGUCUUCCUGAUGGGUGGUGACAAAUAAAAAGCCACCAACUUCUCUUUGUUUCACGUUCUCUUAUUUCUUUGCAGGCAUACGGACGCUGACCUUCUCAGUCCCUUCUUCUACUAAAAUGGCUCUGAGUGGUAAAACUGCAGUAGUGACUGGAGCUGCGAUGGGAAUAGGAAAAGCGAUAACGGAGAUUCUUCUAAAAAAUGGUGCCAAGGUUGUACUUCUGGAUAAGAAUAAAGCCGCAGGGGAGAGUUUGGUCGAAGCCCUGAGCAAAGAGUACGAACCAGAUCGAAUGCUGUUCAGGGAAUGCAACAUAAAAUCAGAUGAGGAGUUCAAAGCUGCCUUUCAGAAAGCCGUAGAAACCUUUGGAGGAAUCGACAUCUUGUGCAACAAUGCCGGCAUGUUCGAUGAGUCUGAGUGGGAGAAUAUGGUCUCCACAAACCUCGUGGGCUCUAUUAGGGGAACUUAUUUGGCUCUGGAGCACAUGAACAAAUCGAAGGGAGGUCAAGGAGGGAUCAUCAUCAAUGUUUCAUCCUUGGCAGGUCUUGGACCUUUGCUUACGGCUCCUGUCUACUCGGCUACUAAACACGGGCUGGUCGGAUUUACUCGAUCCAUUGCAGCUGCCUUUGCAGCAUCAGACUAUGGUAUACGGGUCAAUGCUAUUUGCCCAGGUUUUGUUGAAACAAACCUGAUCUCUGAAAUCAAAUCUCAAACGGGUCAAUUUGCCCACCUGGUAGAUGCAAGACUUCAGAUACGAGAGAAUCUUGGGGUGUUAACUGCAACCGAGGUAGCAGAGUGCAUCCUUGAGCUGGUAACAGAUGAGACCAAAAAUGGAGAGGCCCUCGUGGUCGUAAAGGACUCAAAAUUUUAUGUGACUUUCCCAACACUGGAUAAGAGCAGCGACAAACCAUAAAAUCAUCAUGUCAGUAUCUGAUAUCAUUCUUUAAGUACACUUGAAGUUAAAACACACAAAUAAAAUAAACAACAAACAAAGAAAUACUCCUCAAACUAUGUUUUGUUUUGGUUUUGCCUCUCCCCAUAAGAUUUUUGGUAUUGUGUGUCAUUAUUCUGUACCUUGAAAAGUUUUGAAUGAAUUCUGGUUGAACUUUGUAAGGGUUUGGUGUGGGGUCAUGUUAACAACCUAUUAAAAUUUGGCUUACAUCCAACAAGGUUUUCAUGGUCAACUUAAUGAUUUGUUGGUUAAAAAUGGGCAAAAAUCCUUAUUACUUAGAGACUAUGAAGUAUGUUGUCAACAUACAGAAAGCACCUCAUAAAGAUUUUAAAUAUCAUGUCACAUUUGAUGUCUGACCUCUCCUUUAAGGUCAAAUAAGGUUAAAAUAUUCAUAAAAUGUCUUUUAUCUUUAAACUGUGCUUAAACGACUGUAGUGUGGUAUCAUGUUCACCUUACACAAGAAAGUCUGGUUUCAAAUCACUACAGUAAACUAACAAUCUUCAUGAACAAUGAGGCUUCUGAACUGCUUAAAUUCCUCUACUAAUACACUAUUAAGUAUCAUGGGAAAAUAAUGUAAGUUAUUUAUGAGCAGCCAUCCACGAUUGACUGAAGUGGCUGUUGACUAGUAGGAUCACUGUUGAAGCACUAAUUGAUUUAUUAAUCAUAGUGAGGGUUGUGUGGAUGCAGGCAACCACUAAAUAGAUGCAAGAACUCUACUUACUUAUAAUUUCAUUUCAUAUCCUUAUGCUUUCUUGUGAUGGGCCUUGUUUUGACAUUCAUAUCGAGAUCCAUGCAGACAACAACCAGAUUUUGAGAUACAGAUUCACACAAACAGCCAAGACUAGAUUCUUUUGACUAAUUUCCAAUAAAAUAUUAUCUGUCACUGUUGGGAGAACAUUUUUGAGACUUCUAUUCUUAUAUUUUAGAACACAUGACAUUUUUUAAUGUUAUCUAAUCAUUUUCACAAAAUCACAAAUCAUAUUUAUUUUAGAACAUAUGACAAUUUUGCAUAUCAUUAAUAUAAUAUUGUACAAUUAAAACAUGCAUCAUAUUCGUUUGUUUCUUUAUAUGUGCUGCAUUUGUAUUCCGAUUGACCCCAUAGAAACACAUGCGUAGUUUCCGUAGUGUAGUGGUUAUCACGUUCGCCUAACACGCGAAAGGUCCCCGGUUCGAAACCGGGCGGAAACAUGUUCGUUUUUUUCUCCUCUUCUUCAAACAUGGCUUCAUAUGUAUCACAACUGUGUUUUCAAGACACAGGUCACCUCAAACCAUGUUUUCUUUUGGUUUUGCCUUCUUUGCCAAGAAGGUUAUGUUUUUGGUAUUUUGUAUCAUUAUUCUGUACGUAAACACUUAUGUAAAAACUUAUAGAAAGUACCCCAUAAAGAUUUUAAAUAUCAUGUCACAUUUGACCUCUGACCCCUCUUUCAAGGUUAAAUAAGGCCAAAUUUUCAUAAAAUGUCUUUUAUCUUCAAACUGUGCUUAAAGGACUGCUAAAAAAAACAUCACAACAUCAAAACCAGUCUAACUAUAACCCAUGUCUGUGGCAGAAACAUUUUCCUUUUUGGAAACUGACCCCAGAGUGACACUCCACCAGCGUCUGUAGUGUGGUAUCAUGUUCGCCUUACACAAGAAAGUCUGGUUUCAGUGAAGUAACGAUAUUCAUGAACAAUGAGGCUUUUUAACUGCUCAAAUUCACAAAGAAUUAAUGCAGUUCUGAAUGCAAGAGGAGGUUCAGCUAGCAGGGUGCAGACAAAAAAAGUGGCCGGAGUGUGAAUAGAAACCAUCCUGUAAUAAAGAAUCUUAAUGUAUUACGUUACUCAGGCAUUACAUCUGUGGGUGUUGGUAUAUUGUGUGCAUGAUCAAGUUUGAACGCGUUGAAGUGCUUGAGCUCUGGGAAACCCGCACCGUUUAUCCCAGCGUGAAGAAAAGGAAAAGUGUGUUUCAACUUUGACCUUUCACAUGUCACGCAAACAUGAAAACCACUACUCUAUUUAUGCUCCAUUUAAUCUUCUUGUGGCUUCUGUUCUUGAAGAGAGAGAUCUAGAGAGAGAGAGGAAGACAGAUCUCCCAAUAAAAAUACAUUUUAAAAAAAGCAGAAUGGAGUUUUGUAUGGAAGAAAUAUAGUGUCAUCAGAAUCC